CUUGUGGGAGAUUUGUCCUGUCAAGGUCGGCCACUGAGGUCGUGUAGCUAACAUUUUACUGCUGUGGCUUAUCGAAGUUAUUAGAGGAUUCCUUGUUAAGUCUUUAUUUGGUCAUUGAUGUCUCAUUGGCGGGUUUUGCAAUGGAGGGCGUUUGCAAAAGAAUGGUUCGUUUAUGAUGCUUUUAUGCAAUGCCCUAUGCUUUCAGCUGAAAAGAUAUCAAAGUAUUUGGAAGGCAAGCAUAUACGGUACUAUGACGAUUGUAGUGACUUGGGGAGUCACGUUGUCAUUUUUAAUUCCAGACAUAUUGCUGCGAAAGAUAAUAGUCGAUACUGGAAGCGGUUUCUUUAUCCUACACAUUCAAGGUUUCCCAGGCAUGUCACUGAAGAAACUAUGGAGGAAGUUCAUAUGCGUGAUCCUACUGAAGUUAUUCGUCGAGAGGUUAGAGCCAACCUACGAAAUACUGAAACCCGUAAAUAUCAGUUAGCCCGUCUUCAUAUAUACCCUGAUGACAUUGAAACCGUUCCUAAGGACAUUAUUGCAAACAUUUCAGGAGUAAUACCACAAGUCAUGAAAGUACCUAAACGUCUUGAUGAGUAUUCUUCAGAAGAACUUGAUGAGUUCCCUAAACUUUUUGACUGGCCACAGGAUUUCAACGUCUCACCUCUCAGUCCAUUUGAAAUGAAGCUAAGAAACAAAGGAGCAAAAUAACUUGUUUAUAUCACAAUGUUAUGCAUCUGUAUCUUGUGUAUUAUAGUCACUUAAACUUUUUGUAGUAUUGA